AUGAAAGAUGGUGAUGACGGUGGUGAUGGUGAUAACAGACAGAAAGAUGAUAAAGAUGAUGAUGAUUAUUAUUUGGAUGACAAUCCUCCUGCACCAGGCUAUGAAAAGGUGCUUAAUGAACAUGGUGUGUUGGUGCACAUGAAUAUACAGAAAACAGGAUAUGAUGAUGAUGGUGAUGAAGAUUAUGUUCCACCCAAGACAACAACAACGAAAGAAAGACAAAAGGGUAAACGACCAGUAAAGAGGCCGGGUGGUGACGUCGGUAGUAAUGAUGGAGACGAUGGUGAAAAGAAAGAUGGUGAUGACGGUGGUGAUGGUAAUAACGGACAGAAAGAUGAUAAAGAUGAUGAUGAUUCUGAUUUGGAUGACAAUCCUCCUGCACCAGGCUAUGAAAAGAAAACAGGAUAUGAUGAUGAUGGUGAUGAAGAUUAUGUUCCACCCAAGACAACAACAACGAAAGAAAGACAAAAGGGGGGUAGUAAGAAACGUAAAGCGAAAACAGUGUUAGUUGAAGGUGACGUCGGUGGUAAUGAUGGAGACGAUGGUGAAAAGAAAGAUGGUGAUGACAGUGGUGAUGGUGAUAACGGACAGAUAGAUGAUAAAGAUGAUGACAAUUCUGAUUUAGAUGACAAUCCACCUCCACCAGGCUAUGAAAAGAAAACAGGAUAUGAUGAUGAUGGUGAUGAAGAUUAUGUUCCACUCAAGACAACAACAACGAAAGAAAGACAAAAGGGGGGUAGUAAGAAACGUAAAGCGAAAACAGUGUUAGUUGAAGGUGACGUCGGUGGUAAUGAUGGAGACGAUGGUGAAAAGAAAGAUGGUGAUGACGGUGGUGAUGGUGAUAACGGACAGAAAGAUGAUAAAGAUGAUGACGAUUCUGAGUUAGAUGACAAUCCACCUGCACCAGGCUAUGAAAAGGUACUUAAUGAACAUGGGGGUAGUAAGAAACGUAAAGCGAAAACAGUGUUAGUUGAAGGUGACGUCGGUGGCAAUGAUGGAGACGAUGGUGAAAAGAAAGAUGGUGAUGACGGUGGUGAUGGUGAUAACGGACAGAUAGAUGAUAAAGAUGAUGACGAUUCUGAUUUAGAUGACAAUCCACCUGCACCAGGCUAUGAAAAGAAAACAGGAUAUGAUGAUGAUGGUGAUGAAGAUUAUGUUCCACCCAAGACAACAACAACGAAAGAAAGACAAAAGGGUGACGUCGGUGGUAAUGAUGGAGACGAUGGUGAAAAGAAAGAUGGUGAUGAGGGUGGUGAUGGUGAUAACGGACAGAAAGAUGAUAAAGAUGAUGAUGAUUCUGAUUUAGAUGACAAUCCUCCUGCACCAUGCUAUGAAAAGGUACUUAAUGAACUUGGUGUGUUGGUGCACAUGAAUAUACAGAAAACAGGAUAUGAUGAUGAUGGUGAUGAAGAUUAUGUUCCACCCAAGACAACAACAACGAAAGAAAGACAAAAGGGUAAACGACCAGUAAAGAGGUUGGGUGGUAGCAAACGAGUGAAGAAGGAUAGUGCUGAUUUUGUUAUAUUAGACACAACUUUUUUAAAUUAA